CCCUCCUUCUGAAACUGCAUCUUGAUUCACCAGGCCACAGAGUGAAUCUACAACUGUCGCAUUUCACCUGGCAUUGACAAGUAAUUUUUAGAAGUAAUUUUCAGUUUGCCUGCACAUCUAUCACCUGCUCCUUGGUGCUCGAGAAGUGACGCGGUUGCAGUGAUGGAAUUUGCGUUGAAACGAAAUUUUUGUCCAUCGUCGUCGUCCUACGGAAAUUGUUCGAAGCAUUGUUUUCCUUUCAGAGCAGUUUCGUUCGGAGGGCGUCAACAUAUAUCCUCUGGAGAGCAGAGGCGUGACCUUCAAAUCCAGGAAUGCAGGACAAAGGCGACAAUAAGCGUCAGACACCGCUGCUACGCUGCACAGACGGAAGCAGCCCCACGGAGUGAUGAUGUGCUCCCUGACUCCUUCCUUGAGGCGCUGGAGCACGCUGCUCAGUCAACAAAGGCAGCAAUCGAUAGCGGAGCAGACCGGUGUCUGGUUGAGAUCUUGCUAUUGGGAUUGUGGGAUCCCUCAUCGGGCAACCUCUUUGCUGAAGAAGGGGAUCAGCAGCGGUUUUGGAAGAUCACACGCAAGUUUAUUGAGCAAAUGUCAGUUGCUAGUGGUCCCAGCAAAAUCAAAGCGCUCUAUCCAGACAUGGGAGUGGCAGCAAUGCUGAGGAAUGAAUGGAAAGAUCGAGACUUUGAAAUUGCUGCCAUCAGCGAGAGGAGCGCGGUGGCCGAGGGAGAUGACUUGGUCAUCAUUGCUGCAGUGGAUCCGCAAGGUCUGAAUGAGGCCAAGCGGGUAGCGGCAGGAAGCUCAUUCACUCCUGUCAUUCUGUUCAAUCCACGCCUGGCGAGCGGUGAUGUGGGCUUGGGGCUCAAUGUGCGGCGCAUGCGCAACGAAUUUCUCUCUACCUUCCAGAUUACCUACUCCCUGCGGCCCGUGAAUGAGACAGGCACCGUGUUCCGCCGAUUUCCUGGCACCUGGAAGGUGUUCAAGGAAGACGCCUCAUCUCCUGGCCGAUAUGAUCUUGCAGCUGAAUUCAGGGAUCAGCCUACAGGGGAUGACCUUGACCAGAUCUUCGAGAAUGGGGAUGACAAUGCCGAUGGCCAGGAUGGCCAGGGCAUUUUCAAUGGCACCAAGUCAGCAGUAAAUGGAUUUGUUAGAUUCCUCUCUUCGCUUUCCAAGUAAGGCAAUUCUGUGGAUGCGUCUUUGGCAAUCCACAUGUAAUCGGAGAGCACUC